GGCUUCCUCCGCGCCGGAACUACGAGUCCCAGGGUUCCUCGCGCGGCGGCGUGCCAGUGGCCCUGCGAGCCGGCACGGAGGGUCGGAGCGCGUUGCUAGUGGGCGCGGCUGGCCUGGGCGGUGGAGGCCGAGCGUUCGCCCGAGUCCUGCGACACGGCACCCUGCCCCACGCUUGCUUGGCCGGGUCGCCUUGCCGAGGCAGCUUCUUCCGGCCCUGGCGGCGGGAUUCCGUGGAGAGCCCCCCAACACACACAUCCUGAGAGUCUCUGUAGAAGCUGAAAUCCAUCACCAUCCUUCAAAAUGCAAUGGAAUGUACCACGGACUAUGUCUCAGCUGGCACUCAGGACAUUCUCAGAACCACAGAAAGCCAGGCUCUUUGAACACCACCAGAGCAUAAAAGGACCAUUACUUUGGCGUAGAGGUGAAUGCAGAGUGGUUUGGACACCACACCUUCGAAAGCAGUGGCUUCAUUUACCUGCUGUUCAGUGCCUUGCAAAACAAAGAAAUCUAUUAGAUGCUCAGCCACCCCAGCUGGGAGCCCUUCGCCAGGAACGAUGGGAGCAGGAUAUUUUAUCCAAGAGGGUUUUCUCUUCCAGUGCCACAUCCCAAGAAUCUCCAUCCGAAAAAAAGGAAGAGCAAGAUCCUUUACAAGACAAGUCUAUUAGUCUUUAUCAACGAUUUAAGAAAACCUUUAGACAAUAUGGAAAAGUUUUAAUUCCUGUGCAUCUAAUAACUUCCGGUAUUUGGUUUGGAACAUUUUACUAUGCAGCUAUAAAAGGAGUGAAUGUCAUCCCUUUCCUAGAGAUGUGCGGAUUACCUGACAGUGUAGUAGACAUCCUGAAAAACUCCCAGAGUGGGAAUGCCCUGACAGCAUAUGCCAUGUUUAAGAUUGCAACACCUGCCCGCUACACUGUGACCUUGGGAGGAACAUCCUUUACUGUGAAGUAUUUGCGAAGUCAUGGCUACAUGUCAACCCCACCACCUGUCAAGGAGUAUUUGCAGGACAGAAUGGAAGAGACUAAGGAGCUCAUCACAGAGAAAAUGGAGGAGACAAAGGACAGACUCACUGAAAAAUUACAAGAAACCAAAGAAAAAGUUUCUUUUAAGAAAAAAGUGGAAUAAGGGUGCCUUAUGUAAGAUGUUAGAGAAAACCCCACUCUUUAACCCUCUGGAGACUCUGGGCAAAGAAAGUGUUCCGAAUUUGUUUUUUCUUCUUUGGUUACUUGCCUAAAUGUACCAGUCCUCCGAGGGUUAAAGAACAGAGAUAGUUUUUUGGUUUUGUUUUUAACUUAAAUAACAUUGGGGGGAAAAAAAUCAAUGUUUUUCAAAAUGAAAUGAACCCAGCAUACGAAUUUUAUAUGAGUUACAGCAAUAAGCAAUAGUUAAUGUCCUGGAAGUCAGAGUUCUUUUCCAUAUCCUCAGAAUCAAAUUUGCUUCCUGUUCUCUGACUCCUGCAGCGUGUGUACUGGGCAGUCCACUCCCAGAGUAAAGGUCAUUAAGUGCCCAGUUCUGUGGGAAUGAACAGCUACCGUUCAGACUCUUGGUAAGAAACUAGAGAAGUUACCUACCGGUUAACAGGUAGAGCUUAUUUCAAGAAGGCUAUCUAAAUCCAGUCUUAUGUUUAUAAGAUAUAUUGGUUAUGUGAUGAAAUGGACCCUUGUAAAAAUGGUUUUUAACUGGAGCUUGUCAAAAUCACAUUUUUAAAGCAAAUUCUUUUUCAAACUUGACUAUGCAUGGUGGUUGGACACAUUGGACUGUCAGACUUUCUUGUAAUUCACUUCUGUCUUCUCCAGCUAAUCUUUGGAGGAAAGUAAAAGUUUUUUUAUAAACCUUAUUAUUGACAUCACAUACAUGAGCAAUUCAAGUUCCCUCUUCUUAACUAUAUCAAGUUUUGAAAGACCACUGCUGAUUUUGGAAGGAGCAAGUCUGUGUAACUGCCUAUCCUCGAGAAUGGAGGUUCAUGGCGGGGCACGAUGGGGGAGAAUGGAGAACAGGUGGGCAGUGCACCCACGUGGUUCAUCUCAGAUCUCUCCCACUACUUAAAACCCUUGUGGGAUUUUUGGUCCUUAUAUCCCUGGUCAAAACAAAAGAGGCCUGUCUAUCAUGGGUAUCAUUAGAAUUGUGGUUAAUAUUUCUCAUAUUGGAAGGGAAAAUUACUGCUUAAAUAUUCUGCUGACUGUGUAUAGCCUGUAAUGAAUCAGUGGCUGUCAGACAAGUCCCGUGCCUGUAGAAUGUCUUUCUGUUUGUGUGGGAGUGCCUGUGUCUCAUUUUGCACUCUCGGCUUUCCUUCAGGUCUAACCCUUGGGUUGACACUGGAGCAAGAAAUGGCCUUUGUAGGGGCAUUGGUUUUGAUUUGCCAUCAGGAGACCUUGUCAGACCUGUCAGAGACCUUGCCACAUAGCUAUCUCAUUCAGUCCCUGCUUCCUGACAGGAUUUAUGUCAAGUGUUUCCUUUGGCCAGAUUUAGAGAAUGAGGGGAUGAUGUCACACUUGAGAUACCCAGUCACUACAUGGAAGCACUGUAAGUGAGACUGCUAUGCUUGGAAGAAUUAGAGAGGGGGAUUUGUCAUGGGUCUCUGUUCCUUUGUUCGUUGGCAGCAUGAUUAAUCUGAGGCAGAGGUCAGUGCACUGCUACAAAUUGAUGGCACACUUUCAAAUAUAAACAGGACAACACACUUUAGCAUGCUUUUAAACAGUAAAAUAUUAAAUGCUAAUGUAGUAACAUCCCCCCCCCCUUUUAAACGGCCAAGAAUGCCAUGCUAAGAUGUGGUAAUCUAUAGAAUUCUUUCUCCUAAAACCUUUUGCCUGUCCUGGUGCAUAGGGCAUAUAUAUCAUCUAGUGGAGGUAACCUGAGAAUUCUCAAGACAUCUCUAAUAAUCAGGAGACUGAAGCUUUCUUGUCCUGUGUAGGUACCUUCUGCCUGGUCCAUUGGAGUCUUAUCACCAUUCAGUUUUAUGUCUGGGUUGUGUCUCCCAAUUAUAGCAAAUGAGGAGCUGCUUGUAUGUGCUUUCAUAUCCAAUGAAAAAGUCUCUAUAAAGAUUUGAGAAGUUAUAUUAUUACUACUUGGCAUCAGAGAUGUCAUACAAAUGCUGUUGCUGAUAUUAUCCUUAAAGCAAACCAUAAACAACUUAUAGGGGAGCCUGUAAUGUGUUGAUAGCAGACAACAGUAACAUGUCAGCUUAAAUUAUCAAAUUGUAUAAAAUAGAUUUUGUAUAUGCUGAAUUGCAUUUUAUUUACAGCAAGUCUUGCAUUUCUCUUAGCUGCAAGGGAAACCAGGAAGCUCCGUGUCUGGUAUACACAUUUAUCCUUCUGAAAAAUAUGUUAAUGUCAUGAAUGAAGUUGUGACUGAGACUUUUUUUUAAUGGACAGAAAACAUUGCCUAGCACAUGAACAAGUUCAAAUGAAAAUGGAUUAGGUAAGAGGCUUGGUUUGUUAAAGAAUAAGAGUAAAACCAGCCUUUUAAAACACCACAUCAUUGAGAGCCUUUUGUGCAAAAUGGGGUGCUGUUUUGAUUUCACCAAAGGGAAGAGAAGUAUGUAUAUUAGGAUUAACUUUCUCCCCGUAGUGAAAUAAUAAAACGAAGACUUCAAAUAUUCCCGAGUUUUCCAUUGUAAAUCUGCCUCCAUCUUCUGAGUUCUUUAUGCUCGGGGUGAGCUGGAGCUGGGCAGUUGUCUUGUUUCUGGGGUCUUAGACCAAGGUUCUGGGAAUCUUGAGCAUCUUUAUAGUGUGGGCAGAAGAGGUGUUUGAAGAAAAUGAAGCUGUAUUUUAGACACAGUGAACUUUUUUUAAUGUCUUUUGCACUGGAUUCAAGUCUUUAGGAUUUCAUAACUGCUUCAAAUAUAAACAGAACUAUUGUAGAUGGUACUAGUGAGGUUGGGCAGAAGGGGAAUUUAGCAAGUGAGGCAGGGGAAAAUGAGUUCAUCUUUCUGAGUUCUUUUUGCAGUAUACACACAUAUUUUUUUAAUUAUUAAAGGGCUCCUAAAAAGAGGUUGUUGUAGAAUUAGAGAAAUAAUUGUCUUGGUAGCUACAGUUCAUUUUCUGAAAUAUUGUUUCAGAUUUCCAAAACUGAGUCUCCAUAAGACCUAAAAUAAGGUAAAUUUAAAUGCUCCAAAGUUCUUUCUGCCCUAUUUAAGUGCCCUUCUUGCAUGCCACUUACUCGUUGGCACCAAGAGCUCACUAUUUCAUUGACUUUAGCAGGGACGUGAUGAUGUCAGAAUCAUCCAGGCAUUGACCCCUUGCCUGAUUAGCACAUGAGCCUGUGUCGAGGGAUAUUUGGGUCUCGGAACUGGAAAUUUGCAGAACGGGUGUGAGGAAGUCAGUGAGGAGGGUAUCACUCCUCCUUCUUCAAGUAGUCACUGUGCUUGCUCUCCACUGGCCCAUGUGCGUGUUAUUUGCCAGUUUUGUAUUAAGUGGAGUUUCCUGAGCAAAGGAAGGAAGGACAGAAAGAAAGGAGAAAGAAGUUAUAUACCCAAAGGACAGCAGAGUCUGGACCUCAUCUUCCCUGAUGAUUGGAAUGGACUAAGGACCACUCCUUUCCCAGAAUUUCUCUUUCGCAUGAACUUUGGCAUGGCCUUCUUAAGAAAACUUUCUCUUGUACUCUGAGCUUCUCACAGUUAAAUGCUACGUUAGGCUCACUGAAUUGAUUUUACUUCUGAGAUUUGUUUUCCUUUGUGACUUCUGUGUCCUUUGUUCAUCCUAACUAGUCAAAACAAUUUGUGAUUGUCCUACAUCUCCAGGAUUAAGCUUUGAAAACUAGGUGUAUUCUUCCCUAUACAUCACUGAUAGUCACCAACAGUAGUUACAGAUCCUAAUCUUCCUGUGGCAGUUAUUUGGUUAUUUUGAUAAGAAUGAUCCUCAUAGCAGGAAGAAUGCAUCCUGAGUUUAGAAUCCUUGACGGCAGAGCAGGAUAUGGUUUGUUCUGAGCAUUUGCUUGAAUGGCCUGAUGGGAUCAAGCUCAGAAUCUGCUUCUUACAGAGUGAGCUAUGGGGAAGAGUAUCAUGAUGCUGUUGUCUCUGGAAAAUCAGUCUAAAGAACAAACCUUUGGGUGGUGAGAAGUAUGACUCCCUGCCACAAUAUGCUUCCUGCAUCUUGAUUUUCCUGAAAAGAUUAGCUAGAAACUUUCCUUCUUCCACCUUCCUUUGUCAGCCUUUUCUGUCUUGAAUUUUGACUAAUUUAAGUGUUAGCAAAAAAUCACUGAUAUGAGAAGGACCCCAGGUGCAGGGAGUGUGCUCAGUGCAAGUAUGCCCUGCAUGUCAGUGUGCACAGCAGCACAGUGUUCUUACAGGGACCUGAAGCUUCCAGUAGCCGUUGCUGGACCUGCCAGCUUCUAGAGUAACAACAUGGAAAUCUAACUUCACCCUUUUUGUUUCAGUAAGAUGAAAUUGCCCCAUUUUAAUCCAUCGAUGCACAUAGUAAAAGGCACUUUCUGCCAUAUUUUAACAAUUCCAUAAAGAUGCUACACAAAAUAACAGCAAUUCUAUAUCAUCCGUUUCCAGUUAAAUGUUAACUCUCAAUCCUAGAUUGAUUUUAGGAAGGGCAGCAGUGUGUUUAUAUGAACAUGGUUUCAGCUAUUGCCUUGUUUGUGCCUCUGAGUGCUAGAUUGGAGAUUCUGAGACAAGCAUAUUUUUACUUAUUUGAAUUCAUGCUUUAGGAUUCUUACUGCGGUAUCCAAGUUAUUGCUUUAUUUCCCAUCCAGUGGGUGCUGGGCGUCCUUACCUGCUUGGUAUUUGGCCACGGCAGUGUAGUUAUAGGGCUGUGUUCCCCGGCCUCAGGAAGCAUGUAUGUUCUGUUUCCUUGGUGACGCAGAGGCAGGUUAUGGGAGACAGCCAGCUUGUGUAUUCUGUAUUUCUCUUGACCAGUGACAAACAGGUGUACAUUGCCCCCAAGUCAAAAUGCUGUCGAGCGUGUCCACAAACCCUAACGCAGUUUUCCUGGAGCCAGCGGGACCCUACAUUAGUUGCACUCCUUUGUUUUGUCUUUAGAUUAGCUUUUCUACCUUUGUUUUUACCCCCAAUAAUUCAAACCCAAGGCUAAGAGAACUGUAGAAAAUAACACUGAUGAAUCAUGUUAGGACAUUGAAGCCAUGUUUUGGUUAAAGAAAAAAACCCAAAGACCUGUGUCUGCAGUUCAUAACUCAUGUGGUCCCUUUCCCUUUGCGGCAGGUACUUAGGUAUGCCAGGCCACGCUCUUGGACUAAAGGAAAAUAAACAUCAAGCCAGUUCAUUACAUUUGCCAGUAAUACAUAGUCUGGCUCUUCUGCUGAUACCAUUCAUUUUUGGCUUUUAACCUUGUAAUUUAACUUCCUUUAGACUGUACUCUGUUCAUCAUCUUUUUAGAGUGAGCUGAAGGGGAGACACUUCAACGAGUCUGUGACUUUACUAUAGCUUUGUUCUCCCUUUAGUUUGGGUUAGGCCCGGAAGCUAAAGGUCCAGGUCUUACUCUGUCCUCUGUCACCGCCUAGUGAAGUUGGCCUUAGUAAAGCGUUCAGGUUGCAAUUUCCACACAAUUAAAUCCAUGCUUGAAACUCUAAGUUCCUCUUCCAUUCAUACAAUACCUUUUGCCUUUUCCUAAUUACCACAUUGAAAACAAUGAAGGAAAACUUCAAUCAAGUCUAGAUUUUAUGAUUAAGUAGAAAUAGUAACAUUAAAUAUUACAUACAUCCGGGACCACUUUGCCUCAAGAAAUUCUCAGACUGUCUUCCUUGGUUCCAAAUGAGUUCAUCUUUUCCUUCCUGCCCAUGUACAGUACUAGACAGUGGUCAUGGUGUCUGAACCUGUGUCGGUGCCACACUUGAAGACAGCUGAGACUCAUUUUUCUAUUUAAUUGCUGCCAAUUGCUAGAAGACCUAAAGCCCUCGAAACUGCUAUUUAUGGAAAAUGUUAGUGCAGAGAAGUUUAUGAUAGCCUUAGGUUUUACCAAAUAGAGUGCUUGCCCUUGCUGAGUCCCAAGAAAAGAAAAUUUAAAGCCUAUGAUUCAUUUGUUAAGAGGACAGAUUUCCUAUGAAGUAUUUUCAGUUCCACAAGAUGAAAACAAAACUCCAGGCACUUCCACACAACUGUGUGCAACAAAGCAUAUAUGUUUUUCACCGCCUUGGCAGAUGCGUGCCUUGUAAGCAGGAAACAGCCUCCAGAGGACCUGCACCUAGAAGACAGCGUGUGGCUGAUGUGCCCAUACCUUCAAGUUGGACAGCAAGAGCACUGGGACCUCAUUGGUGAGCAGCUGCCACCUCCUGUGGACCCUGAGGGUGUGUAGGCUGCUGUCUCUGCCUUAGGUAGUCCCUUGUCUUCCUCUCUGCCUGGCUGAAACAAUUGCACAUGCUUACUAGAUGGGAGUUUGGAACUCCCUCCAUCCAGGGACAUUAGUUACCUGAGGUGAGCUCUUGAACUAUAUCCAAAGUCUGCUGGGCCCAAGGUCUCAGCUGCUCUUUGCAGUAUGUAGGAAAUGUUUACAAGACCAAGUCACCUCGAAACCCCACACCAAAAAUGCUGUGGCAAAUAGUGUGUCCCAACUUACCUCAGGGCAGCAUGAGAUUCUUAGAAUGUGGAGACCAAGUUGGGCUGGUGGCCCCUGGAAGAAUGAGGUGGCUUGGUUGUGCGGGGCCUUCAGACAUACUUGCUGUUCAUUCAGGUGAUUGUUUUUAUACUCACAAGAGGUCGGUAACAGAAGAAAUGCUAAGUGAGAACACUGUUUCACAGGUUAAAUUAUACGAGCCACUGACUAUAAACUGUAGUGUUGAAGGUUUUUAAGGGAAUUUUUCACUUGAAAGGCCUUUGGGGUAUGUGGUAGGCAUCACUGUUGCAGCUUUUGCUCUUAAUUUCUUUUUUUGGAAGUGAGUAAAGCAGAGUAAAUCACAUUUGUAUUAUUGAGGCAAAAGCUAAAGUCUUGACAGAAAUACAGUAUUUAAAAUGUAUUUCCAAAUACAAAGGCUUUCCUUUGGAACUGCUAUUUCCAGUGUGUGCUUUCAUUAGAAUCUGUGUAAGCCAAACAGAUCAAAACAGUAUAGUGAGGGAAAUCUAACUUGUUUUAAGUAGAAAGUUUCUUAUGAACUGUUAAUGCAAGUAUUACCACAGAGAAGCAGAGUUGGUGUUUCCACUCAAAGGCCCAGGGUGAGUUGCUGUCUGUAAGGUCUUUGUUUUCUGCGUCAGAGCCUGCUCGGUCCUCAGCCAGGGGACCUGGGCAGAAUUAGUCAGUCCCACAAGGCACUCUUCCAUUGUCACCGGAGUGACAGCCUCAUGCUCUUCAAGGGCUCAGCUGUCCCAUUGUGUCCAAACCUGUUGCUCAGCAGUGCCUCCUGCUUCUCUGAAGCAGCAGCUCUGACAACCUGGGUUGGACUUUUUGAGAGAAACUCAAAUCUGCUCGUACUGAGGUGAUCAGUACCAGUGGCAGAGGGAAGAGAGAGCCUGGCACGUGUCAUCCUUUGCUCAUACUAGUGUUAGGUUUGGGAGAUCUGGGGACAGUCUCUAAUGAGCUACUGAACUGAGAAGUUCUCUGGGAGUGGUUUGCUGGUGCCUAAGGAUGAGAGUCCCUUUAUUUGCUUAAGCUUUAUAAUCCCCUCAUCAAAAUAUAACCUCUCUGAAUUGAAGAUGAACAGUAGGACUAGAAUUUGGGCCCACGCAAUUAUUCCAGUAAGAUCUUGAAAUUGUUUCCAUUUGUUUAUUAGAAAUUUACAGAAAUGGAAAAAUAAAUCUUUCUACUAUCAUGCUAAAUUCACUUAUUCUCAUUGUUUGGUAGGUUUGCAGGCUUUCUGCAUACAUGUGUCAUCUAGAACCCAUACACUUAGAGCACAGAUAAAAUACUCUCCUCUCUCAAUGUAGGUCAUAGAACAUCUUCUGAAGGCCUCCACUGUCAGGGGAUCUUCAACCUCUGGUAUAAGGCCUGUUGAGCUUGCUGUGUGACAGCCAUCGGAACCCUGUGAGGUCAGGUGCUCUCACCAGUUCUGAACGUCCCAUGUUAGAGCUCAGGAUUCUGUGAUGUGAUCUGUCUAGGUUUAGGCACUAGGAAAUCCUUCUUAAAAGUCAGCAACCAGACCGUGAGAUAGGGACUGCAGGCAUUCACUGCCAAGCUUGACAGUUGAAGUUGCCAUCCCUUGGUGGAUGGAGAGAACUGACUCGAGCAUGUUGUCCUCACCACACACCAGCUGUGGCACAUGUGCACAUAUGCUAUGCGUGCACACAUACACAUAUUUUCCUGGAGUCUGUAACUAGAUGAUCAGCACUAUCCUUUGGCCUGGGGUGUAGCCCAAGGAAGAACUCUUCCCUGGUUCCCUUCUCCAACCCACAAAAAAGAAAGUAUUUUUCUGAGACUGAUCAUACAUCAGCUUUCUGUUAUUUGUACGUCGUAGCUGAAAGGUGAACAAACACAACCCCAGGGGACAGAUACUUAUCACCGAUUAUUUUUAAUGAUUUUGUGCUAUGAUUUGACCAUGGCAUCCAGAACAAGCAGAAAACCUGAUUUCAUAACUAACAAACAGCACUUGUGCAACAUCUGUCAUCAAAAGUAUUGCAAUCACAGACCUGAGGCCUAAACUGCAUCGCCACCCGGGCAGAAGACGCAGGUGGAUAACAGUUGUGAAUCAUUUCCCAUACCUGACCAGGAAUUAUGUUAAAGAAUAAGCAUAUGGUUGUUUAAACACAAAAGGGCUUUGACUUCUAAUUAUAAUAGCUCACAAAGAUCGGAAGAUGCAAAUACAGCUGUACUUUUUUUAGUAGAUUGCUUUAUAAUAAAAAUCAAAUGAACUAAA